CUUCAAUAAGGCCCCCGUCGUCUUACCACCGGCGAAUGUGUGUUUGGAUUCUUGAAAUGGAUAAUAAUCAAAAGGCAGUAGAGAAAUCUAAUCCCACUUCUGAUAUUACUACUGCGAAUGAUUCAGAGAUAUCAAUUGAUUCGCUGGAAAGAGUGAGAAUAUUCACUUGGUGGUGUUUGGCAUACCCGUACCUUAUUGUUCGAGGAUGGUUUUAGAAGAAGAAAUGAUUGAUAGGGUCAGGAAUAAAGACAAGAAGUCCAAGGAGAAUUCUAAGAAACUUAAGAAUGAUGCAGUUAGUGGUGAUGUGAUUUGUGAGCCUGGGAACGUUGACACAGAUAGGAUGCUUAAUGAUGGUACAGGUUUUGAGAAUAAAAGUGGUGAAAGAGGAGAGAUUGAGAAGAAGAAGAAUAAGAAGAAAAAGGUGAAGUACAUGUUAGAAGCUCAAGAAAGUGAUGGUGACACCAAGAAGGUUGAAAUUGAUAGUAACAAGGAGUCUGAGGUUAUUGCAGAAAAGAUGCAUGAUGCAAAUGGCAUAAAGAAAGUUAAAAAGAAGAAGUGGAAGGAGAGUGAUAAGAGGGGAAGCUCUGAUAUUCAUUUGCAAGAGAAAAGUUUUGAGGAUUUUGAGGACAGAAGCACAACUGGGGAACAUAAUAUUGAGUUGCAAGAUGGAUCAGGUGCUAUAGCAGUGGGGCUGGAAUCGGAUAGAGUUGCUGUCUUGUUGGAACAAAAGAAGACAAAGAAAAAGCGGAAAACAUCCAAGAGCAACUUAGAUUUGGAUGAACCAUUAGGUGACAGCCGUGACCUGGAAAGUGGUGAGGAAGGGGCAAGGAGAAAGAAGAGGAAGAGAGGGAAGGAUCAGAGUAUAGUUUCAGAAGAUGAAGGCCAAGAGCAUGAUUUUAACAAUAUUGAGUUGCAAGAUGGAUCAGGUGCUAUAGCAGUGGGGCUGGAAUCGGAUAGAGUUGCUGUCUUGUUGGAACAAAGGAAGACAAAGAAAAAGCGGAAAACAUCCAAGAGCAACUUAGAUUUGGAUGAACCAUUAGGUGACAGCCGUGACCUGGAAAGUGGUGAGAAAGGGGCAAGGAGAAAGAAGAGGAAGAGAGAGAAGGAUCAGAGUAUAGUUUCAGAAGAUGAAGGCCAAGAGCAUGAUUUUAACAAUCCAGAUGAUAAACGACAGUCAAAUGUUGCUGAGGGAGAUAAUAAUGAGACGCUGAAAGGGACAAAUGUUGGAGUAAUUGCAGAGGAUGAUGUUGUAUUGAAGGAUAAGAAGAGGAAGAAAAAGAGCAAAAAAAGAAAAGGCGACUUAGCUUCAGGUGCUGAUACAAACAUGAGUUCAGAAAUGGACAGCCAUUUGAAUGAUGAAACUGAAGGCAGGCAGGAUGAGGCCAAAUCUGUUGAGAAAGAAUCUGAAGAUCCUAAGACUAGAAAACGCAAGAAAAAGGUGAGAUUUUCAGGAGAGGAUGAAGUUUUCGCUAUGCCUGAGGUGGAACUAGUACGGGGUAAGCGGUUCUCUGAACAAGAAGAUGAAAUGGUGAGAGCAGCUGUAUAUAAUUAUAUAGAGGCCCAUGACUUAGGUGACGAAGGCCUAGAUAUGGUCUUGCACUGCAGGUCAAACCCCAAAGUUAAGAAUUGCUGGGACGAAAUAGCAGCUGGCAUACCGCAUAGGCCCCGAAGUUCUGUUUAUUUUCGUGCUCAUGUUUUGUUUCAAAGGGAUGAAAAGCGCAAAUGGACUAAAGAAGAAAUGGAACAACUAAGAGAGCUCCAUAAGAAGCAUGGAAACAAGUGGAAGACUUUGGCUGACGAACUUGGUAAAUAUAGAUAUCAUGUUAAGGAUGCCUGGCGCAAUAUAAGACAUGAAAGUAUGAAGCAUGGGAAAUGGUCGCAGGAUGAGUACCAGUCUCUAUUUGAUUUAGUCAAUCUUGAUUUGAGAAUGAAGUAUUUUGAAGAGAAACAUUCCAAGUAUGGGAUGCUGCGGGAUAAUAUUCCUUGGACUGCAAUCAGUGAUAAGUUGACCACUCGAGCAGAGCCAUCUUGUUGUUACAAAUGGUACUAUUGCUUAUCAUCACCUAUGGUUGGGGAAAAGAUUUGGCUUGAUUCUGAUGAUUAUCGCCUGCUUGAUGCUCUUUACCAGUUGGAUGCCACUUGCUAUGAGGAUGUCGACUGGGACAGUAUUCUCGAACACCGGUCCGGUGAUGUAUGCCAAAGGCGUUGGAAGGAAAUGGUUCGGCACAUAGGUGACAGUAGGAAAAAGCCAUUCCCUGAUCAAGUGGAGGUUCUAGCACAACGAUAUUGUCCAGAGUUACUUGACGCUAGAGAAAACUGGGAAAACAAACCUUAUGUCUCAUAGUGUCUUUUUUCAUUAAAUGGUUAAAUGUUAUACCAUCAAAAUUGCAUGAUUUGAAGUGUCAUGAAUUGCACUUGUCUUAACAAUGUGAAGUUGCUUGGGUUGAGAUGAAAUACAUCGUGUUCUGUUACAGUAAUAUGUUAUCUAAACAAUCAAAAGUAUUACAUUUCUUGCCUUUGGUACUUUG